CAUUUCGCCCAGCACCGUCCAGUGCCGACGAGACACUGAACUGCGUGAAGCCAGGACAGAGGGCUGUUCCAAACUUUCCAGUUUUCGAAUAUCGUAGACGUGAGUGUGUGUUUGUGUACGUUGUUUCGCUACGAAAACGUCAUCGGUGUUUUACAGCUUCCAUUCGUACUAAAACGUUCUAAAUUUAUGGAAAUAAUGCUUGUUGUUUCAUACGCGUCUUGUCCCUGACGAUCGUUGCAGUGAUAUCGAGUUCAAUUCCUGUUGCUCUGCAGUUCAUAAACACCCAGUUUGGAAUUCUUUAUUUUGUGAAAAGUGACUCAAAUGUUGCAGAUGUGUGCACCAACGUAAUAAUUCUACAGCCGUAACUCCCGCCAUUUUUUACUUGUUCUUCGAAGGAAGAAUCUUCUGUGCAUGUGCGAGUGAGAAAUAAAUGAAGUGAGAAUACUUUUUUUGGUGGGAGGGAGAACAAAAAAAGAAUUAGUCUUUCUUUUUUAUGUUUUGUUUUACCUUUGCCCCUCUUUUAUUUUUACAACGCACCCUAAAAAAAGUGCUCGUCGACGCCAUCGUAAUAAUCCAAAGGGAGGGUCGCAAAGGGGGGCCAUGAGAUGACAAAAAUGUCGCGGAUAUUGCCACUGCUUCUGUUCGUCUUCCUCGUCAACGGACAAAUCCCCAAAAGAGAUUCGUCGGAUACGUUGGACGAUUCCUUUUGGACCGAGGAGACAUCAGUCGGUGAUGUGGAGAAGUUGCUCAAGGAGCACCGGGAAAAUCAGGACCUGGUGCGCUCGAUAGGUGGCAGUCAUUACCAAAUCGUUUUUCCCGUUCAAUUGAGGCAUCGUGAAAAGAUGGGCAUUUCAACGCGUGAAAUCGGUGCCACCAAGACUAUGGAGCGACCGUCUGAAGCUAGCAGGAUGAAUGAACGCUACAGCACUCAGCAGCAACAGACGGGCAAACACUACCACCGGACGUCGCUACUGAUCAAAGCUUUCAGCCACAAGUUCCGACUGGACUUGGAAUUGAACUCGCAGCUGUUGGCGCCCAACUUGAUCCAGAAGCACUUUCUGCCCGGCGGAGUUGAGCAGUUCUCCAAACAGGAAAUUGAACACUGCUAUUAUCAUGGAACUGUCAAUGAGUACUACGGAGCUGUUGCGGCGUUCCGCACUUGCAGCGGAGUCAGCGGGAUCAUCCACAUUGGCAACGAAACGUUCGUCAUCCAUCCGUUCUACGGCGGCGACUUAUCGCGGAAUCACCCUCACGUCAUUUUCGAAGCACGUACAACAGUGAAGCAAAUGUGUGCCAACACUGGAAUGUUGGAAUGGGGACUGCGCUCCGGAAACUAUCGUGGAGGCAAGAAUCAGAAGAAUUCCCCGAAAUCCAACGAGCGACAAAAGAGAGAUGUCCGUGAAGUCACAAAAUACGUCGAAACUGCUCUCGUUCUUGAUAAAGCCAUGUUUGAGAAAAGGAAUGGUAGCCGAAGAAUUGAAGUCGUUCAGGACGCCAUUCAAAUUGCAAACAUCGCUGAUUUGUAUUUCCGCACGCUCAACACCCGCGUUUCCGUCGUUUACAUCGAAACGUGGGCCAGCGAGAACCAGGCACCGGUCGACCGAUCGCAGGACAUUCACCGCGCUCUGCUCAACUUUAACGACUACAUCUCGCGCAAACUCUACAAAGUCGACAAGGACACCACUCAACUUUUGUCUGGCGAGACGUUUGCGGGAGGUUCCGGCAUGGCAGCACCUGACACGAUGUGCACGGCGAAAUCGGUUGGACUUAGCGUCGAUAUCAAUCCGUACGAGCCUCACCUGGUGGCAGGUACAAUGGCUCACAUGAUCGGCCACAAUAUCGGAAUGGGUCACGACGAUGGACGUGAUGAAUGCCACUGCGGAGACUGGCACGGCUGCAUCAUGUCUCAAUCGAUCAUGGGCCUGGAUAGCGUCCAGCCGUACAAGUUCUCCGAGUGCAGCUUGUCCGACUAUAUCGACUCGUUGCGGAUCGGGCACGGCAUCUGCCUCUUCAACCGGCCGAAUCAGCUGGAGGAUUUUCGCACGUGCGGCAACGGGGUUGUUGAGGAUGGUGAAGAGUGCGAUUGUGGAACAAUCGAAGAGUGUCACGAAUCUGAUCCGUGUUGUGAUCCCAUCACGUGCAAAUUGACAGCCGAAGCUGAAUGCGCUUCCGGGCCGUGCUGUGACGAUUGCAAAUUGCGUCCUAAAGGUUAUCUCUGCCGAGAUGCUACCAAUGAAUGCGAUUUGCCGGAAAUUUGUAACGGACGUUCGGGCCAGUGUCCGCUAGAUAUUUUUAAGAAAAAUGGCAACCAGUGCGAAAUCAAUAAAGGCUACUGUUUUAACGGUGUGUGUCCUACGUUGGACAGCCAGUGCCGACUGAUAUGGGGCGAUGGUGGACUGUCGGGCGAUCGCAAGUGUUUUGAACAGUUUAAUUCGCAAGGAUCGAUUAAUGGCCACUGUGGAUUGGAUUCGCACAACAAUUAUAUACGUUGCGAUGCAGAGCAUGUUAUGUGCGGCUCUCUACAAUGCCAAAUGGGAACGCGCUAUCCAAUCGUCGCCGGAAUGGAUCAAAUGUAUUCCCGUACAUUGGUCUCAAUGGCCGGCCGCGAAUUCGAGUGCAAGAUCACGAGUGGGACAGUUGCAGCAGCUGAUUUGCCGGAUUUGGGAAUCGUGCGGGAUGGAACUCCCUGCGGAAACAAUUUGAUUUGCAUCAACAAGACUUGCAGCAGCAUUUACCCGUACAUUGACCGUUCGAAAUGUCCGAGCAACAACGUGGCGCUGGACUGUUCCGGUCACGGAGUCUGCUCCAACGUCAAUUCCUGUUUUUGCGACGCCGGUUGGACGGGCCAUGAUUGCUCUACUCAAACGAAUGACAGUUACAUUCGUAGCGGCCAUUCUGGUGAUAAAUCCGGAUUGGGUGCUGCUGAGGCAUCCGAACGAGACGCUUCACACGCCGGCGCCUUGGGCACUGGUGCUCCGCCUUUGAAUGGCGUCACAACCCUGAAACCGGAAGCGCAAACGAGCAACAGCAAAACCACCUCAUACGUGGACCGGAGUGGUCACAGUACGGUGUUUAUGGUGGUGAUGCUGGUCUCGGUAGUAGGGGGCGUUUUUAUCGUCUUUGCCCUGAUGGCCCUCUGCUACAGGUCAGUGGUGGUACACAGAAACCUCUCCCUUUGCCUCAGAAGGAAGAGUACAAUGCCCAAGUACGACCCACCGUAUCUGAAACGACCGUUAGUUAAUGCAUCUGGACAAAUGAUGACGUUGCCGAAACCACCUGGCAGUGGUGGAGGUAAUCCUGGCGGAGGAGCGGGUCCUUCAGGAAUGGGUGGAGCUUCUGGGCCGUCUGGCAUCAACAAUGCAACGGCCAAUCAUCACCACACGACGUCCAUGUCGAAUGAUGCUCUCUCUUUAGAGGCGGGUGCCAAAGGCAUUUCUUUCGGCACGAUGCCUUCGUACAACAAUCGAUUUCCUGGGCCUGGGAACGCUCAGUUGCAACAGCAUCAACAUCACAUCCAUCAACAGCAUCAGCAGCAACAACAUAUUGUCCAGCACAUGAAGCAACGCCAACAUCCGCACAUGGAUGGAAUAAGUUCAGCGUCGCACAGUCACGUCAACAGUCCCAAUUCCACACCUGCUCAUCAUGGCAUCAGCAAUCACAUUAUGCAAGCAUCUGCAAGUGAGGAUGAAACCCUCCAGUCCGGUGAAGAUGAGGGGACGGCCUUCUUGGACGGAAUGCCGCAAUCUAACAAUUUGUCCGGCUCGGGGAUUAACAAGCAGCCGGAGAAAGGCAUUCUUAAGAAAUCAGGUGGAGGAGUUUACGGUUCGGUUGGUGGGGGCGGAGGAAUCAGUUCUUCCCAGCAGCAACUGGCCGGUGGAGGCGGACAUGGUCCGCUAUUGACUUUGCCCUUGGGUCGGAUGAACAGCGGUUCUUCGAUGAUGAUGAACAAGGAGAAAUGGAGCGAAGAAUCGCAAUCGGACAAUCAAGAAGUGAUGUCCGUUCUUCUCUCACCAGAUGGCGGUAGUAGCCGAAUAAGCGAUCGGCUGGGUGCGUCCAGCCUUUCAGACGUUGAGCGCACGCUGAAGAGCCUCAACGGCUAUCACGAAGACAUCCUUCAAGCUCUAAGGAGCGCGGCGGCCAGCCAGCGAAGUGCCAGCACGGCCAGUUUGUCGGACGAGUUGCGAAAGUCCUUUGCGGAAUCGUACGCCGACUACUUCCCGCCACCCGACUACCUCUCCAUGAGGAGCCUCAAUAAUCACGACAAGCACGGCGGCGGCCGCGGUGGCGUUUUGGGGCCGGGCAGCAGUGUCAGUAGCACCAGCGAGAGAUUGCCCGGAUUGGCCAGUCCUCUGCCUGGCGGAGGUCCUCUAGGCGUUGGAGCGCAUGGCGGAGGUGACAGCGGUGACGAAGGCGACCUGGUGCCGCCUUGUGGACCGAUUCGCAUACGCAAUCUGGAGGACCUUAUCCGUCAGCUGGAACGGCACAGUGCGCGUCACACAAGCCCGAACGGAUCGGAAGACAUCCGUAUGUCUGAAACGGAGGCGGAUCGCCAUUACCGGCUAAUGGAGGCCGCAGCCGGAGGCGGUGUACCCGGUUUAGGAGCUUCUGAUCCCCAAUCAGGUAGUGACGCCCUGCGGUUCGUCUACGGCCGUUAUCGACAGCCGACCUCUGUGCCGGGCAUCAGCCUUUACGAAACAACCAACGAGAACAAUCACGAUCACGACGAUAUCAAACACGGUGGACAUGGCAGCGGUGAUCCAGGUGACUCCGACGAAAGUGACAGUGACGUCGUGCUAGGAGCGGAUCAGGAGCGGCUGUUUAUCGACGAUCCAUUGCUGCUGAGUCGUGGAGGACCCGAAGAACUCGGCUACGGACCGCCCUUGUCUCCGUCCGGCAACUCGGAAGCGUCUUACACUGUCGAUGAUGGGACGACAACUGUGUCGUCUUCUUAUCCGUCGGGUUCGCGUUCAGCUGUUAGCGCAGAAGAAUCUCAUCGAGUGGCUGCAGCAGACGUUGAAGUUAUUGCCGCAUCUCCUCACAUUCGACCAGCCAAAUUUCCCGAAUACAAACACUAAAUGUGGUGUGUGAUGUGUAUGGAAACCUAAACAAGUGCGACGUUCUAGUCUCCGUAUUGUGUAACUCGCUCCUCGACGUAGAAAUGUGAGUGCGUGUGUGGACUCGACAAUUUUGUAUUGCUCACACAUAAUGACGGCCAUCAUGAUUUUGAAUUUAAUCUAGUGAAUUUUUUUCCCCGUCGAUCGUGUGCUCGUGUGUUAUUGGCGUACAAAUGACGGAUGAUCGGGCAAUGAACUCGAUCAUCCCAGAGAUGAAGAAAACCGGUUUCAUUCUUUUUUCAAACUGCUACUACAUUUACAUCCACACUGAUUGAUUAAAUAUUAUUAAUGCUUCCAAUUUUGGCGGUCCGCAUGUUUGGAUUCGUUUGCAUUUUUUUAGUAUUGUAUUUAUAACCUUUCAGAAGUGAAAAUUUCCAAUUAUCUAAACAAAAAAAAAUUAGAUUGUCGUCGUUUGUUUUAAUUACGUAUACAUAAUAUAUCAAUAACACUGUGGAUGUGCAGGCGGUGCGUAAUCACCGUUUGAUAAGGUUUAAAUAGCUAUGCCUAUGAAAUUGUAGAGAUUAUCCUUUCACUUUAUUUUGUUCCUUUCUGCACCAUUAAUUCUUACUUUCACGAAAUUUACAUGAAAAAAAAGCUAAUCAGACUAAUUCUCUUCGAGUGAUGUACGUAUUACUUACCAAAUUAUGAGAAUCUUAAGCAGAUGAAUUUCGCCGUACAUUUCCUCAUUGAUUUUUUUUUCACAGCUGAUAUUCUGAUGGCUGCCAUUUUGUACCAUGUUUUGAGUUAUUUUCCCCAUCAACAAUUAUGUACUAUGAAUUUCGUUUAGUCAUUUUCCAACUCGUUCUCUUUUUCAUCUUCGAUGCUCAUUUGUUUGUACGUUUUGGGGUUGUUAAUUUGGCAAAUAUUCAAGGCGUCUGUAGCCAAAACGGAACUGACAAGAAGAAAAGAGGUUUAGUAAUAUUAAGUGCUUAUGUUUCGUCACAGCAUUUAUAAAGAAAUGUUUCAGCCCUGCCCUAUCUUAGCCUCGCCGAUUUUUUUUUCUCCUAAACAAUUACGCUCGAGUGAAUGAAAUAAUCUCAACAGACCCUGCCCGUUCAGUUUCGAAUUGAAAAUUUAAGUAAAAUGCAAGGUAUUAAAAAGUAUACCGAGUAAACAACAAAAAAAGAAGUACCAGCUGCUGGUAUCUACAUCUCAAUAUUGUUAUAGUUGAAUGUGUCUCUGUAUACGGUGUGUGUCAGCUGUCAAACUGAGACGAUGAUAAGACAUAACGAUGAUAAACUGACGACUGAUCCAAUAAUAAAAAACAAACAAAA